CGGGCGGUCCCGGGGGGCAGCGGCGGGCGGGGCGGGCGCCGGGAGCCCCGCGGCGGGGCUCGUCCUGAGCCGGCUAUUUUUGCCGCCGGCCCCGGCUAAUCCCCUGAGCCGCUUCCCAGCAUUAGGUAACGGCGCGGCGGGAUGCGCUCGGCGGCGGCCCCGGCCCGGGCGGACCCCGGCAGUCGCCGCGCGGCGGAACCGGUGGCGACGCGCCCUGUGCGUGCUGGGGGCCGUGGGCACCCGCCGCCGAGCCCCGGGGACGCCCGGACCGAGGCCAGGUGGUAGCGGCGUGCGGCGAGGCGGGGCAGGGGCGGGCAUGCCGGGCCCCUCGCCCGGCGGCUCCCCGGAGAGGGAGACAGGGGCAGGCGGGCGGCCGCGGGGGCCGGGCAGGGACCGGCGGGUGCGGUUCCGGCUGCCCCACACGGCUAUCGCGCUGCCGACGGUGCGCGAGGAGGAGCGGCUCUUCUACCGGCGGCUGGAGGCACUGGCGGUGCCGGGGCCAGGCGGCUUCGGGCCACUCUUCGCCGCCGACGGCUGGAGCGACCUGACGGACGACCGGCUGCUCCGGAAGCGCGUGGUGCGGGCCGGGCUGGGCGGGCCACAGCCGCGGCCGGGCCAGGAGGUGUCGGUGAAGGUGCUGGGCGCCCUGGAGGACGGCGGGCUGGUGGAGCGGGACCCGCGGCUCACCUUCGUGCCUGGCCACGGGGACGUCGUGCAGGCGCUGGAGCUGGGCGUCCCAACCAUGCAGCCCGGGGAGAUCUCCUUCUUCCUCGCCGCCUGCCCCUACGCCUAUGGCCGCCCGGGCAGGGAGCCCGACGUGCCGCCCGAGGCGCCGCUGCUGUUCGAGGUGACGCUGCUGGAGGUGCGGGACGGCCCCGACCCGCAGCCGCUGCCGCCCGCCGCCCGCCUGCGCCUGGGUUCGCAGCGCAGGGAGCGGGGCAACUUCCAUUUCGCGCGGGGCGACUUCGCGGCGGCGCUGCGCUCGUACCGGCUGGCCCUGCACGCCCUGGAUGGCCCCGCUACCGCGCCUCCCGGGCCCGAGGAGGAAGAGGAGCUGCAGGAGCAGCGCGUGAAGUGCCUCAACAACUGCGCGGCCGCCGAGCUGAAACUGGGGCGGGUGGAGGAGGCGCUGGCAGCCUGCGAGGCGGCCCUGCGGAUCAGCCCCGACAACGGCCGGGCACUGCUCCGGCGGGGGCAGCUGCUGGCGGAGCAGGGCCGGGACGCAGAAGCCGCGCUCGUCCUGAGGAGAGCCCUGGAGCUGGAUCCGGCCAGCAAGGUGAUCCACGCCGAGCUCUCACGGCUAGCGAAGCGCCAGGGCGCCCCAUCUAGCACCGCCUCGCAGGACCCCCGCCACGACCCGAUGCCGCCGCCGAGCCCCGGAUCUCCUGCACCGCCCACGGCGGAAGGAGCGGUCUGAGCGGCCCCGCAGCGCACCGGAGCCCGAGCGAGGAGAGAGGAACGCUCCCGCACCAUCCUCCCUGCAUUGCCCCGCACUCCCUGGGGUGGAGAAGAGCGCUGCAGUGGGGGAGGACGGCGGGCGGGAGGGCUGAGGGGAAGAGCGGGGCUGUAUAUCCCCCUCCCUCUCCUCUCCGUCCCGCAUCGCUCCCCCCUCUCCGCAGCGCUUUCCGCCCGGCUCAUGACGUCACAAUGGGGCGUGGCCCCGGCGUCACACCCCCUGCGCGAGGGGUGGCUGUGGCGCGUGCGCCCCAUCCCCGGCUUUUUCGCCCCCGCCGGCAGAACGGCGGUCGUAGCCCGCGGCCAAUCAGGCGGGGUCUGGCCAGAGAGACGCACCAGUGGGAGUGCAGCAAGGGUGGGAUCGGCACUGUGA